GGAUUGAGAGAGAGUAGGAGAGAGAGAGAAAAAGGAGGCUACCAACUGCGAUACACUAUCCCCACAAGCAAACCCCAUCAUCGCCCUUCUUCCACUUCCUUUGUAACUUUCAAUCUCAGGGUUCUUCUGCUCUUGAUUAUGCGAUCGGUUUUCUAAAAAUUGUUUGAUUUUGAAUCCGAUUCUCACUCUCUUUUGGGUUCUUCGUGUUUCACCAGCGACUGAAUCGUAUUGGUUUUGGGGUUUUAUCAUUUAUCGAAUUGUCUUUUUACAUUCAUAUUUUUGCAGCAGAUUUAAGAUUGUGGAUACUUAUUUACAUGCAUAUAUGCAGCUACUAUCAAGUAACAGAUUCCGGGGAAAUGAUUUCUUCCAUCAAGGGUUGCUGAUUAUAGAUACUUAGUUCCUUCCCGAUAAGUUGGAAUAAUCUGUUUCCUUUGCGGAUCUUAUGGCUCUGGAACUACAUGUUUGUGAAAAGCGGCUUCAAGCUAAGACCUUUUGUAGCCAAGAGUUUCAGUUGACUCUCAAUUGGGAUGAUUUAACUUGUCCCAUUUGUUUGGAUUUCCCUCACAAUGGUGUGCUUCUCCAGUGUUCUUCUUACGAAAACGGCUGCCGUGCUUUUGUCUGCAAUACUGAUCACCUUCACUCUAACUGUUUGGAUCGUUUCAUUAGCGCCUGUGGUACUGAUUCACCUCCAGCCCCUGAUGAACCUCGCUCUAAGGUUCUAGAAGAGAGUUGCAAACCCGUUUGUCCACUGUGUAGAGGAGAAGUUACUGGCUGGCUUGUUGUAGAAGAAGCCCGUGUCCGUCUUGAUGAGAAAAAACGUUGCUGUGAGGAAGAAAGAUGCAGGUUUAUGGGUACUUACUUGGAGCUUCGCAAACAUGCUCAGUCAGAGCAUCCGGAUUCUCGUCCUUCAGAAAUUGAUCCAGCACGGAAGCUUGAUUGGGAGAAUUUCCAGCAGUCGUCUGAAAUAAUCGACGUGUUGAGCACAAUUCACUCCGAAGUUCCAAGAGGAGUGGUUUUAGGGGACUAUGUGAUCGAAUAUGGAGAUGAUGACACUGGAGAUGAAUUUGAGGAUGUUCCUAACAAUGAAGGAAACUGGUGGACCUCUUGUAUUCUGUACCAAAUGUUUGACAAUAUAAGGAAUGCCAGGAAUCGAAGAAGAUCAAGAAUGAGCGAGAGCAGGAGAGGGAGUCGCCGCUCUAGCUAUGAAAACUCCAACUCUGAUGACAGCUCAGUAGCAUCCAUAGAGUUCCCGGAGUAUAGAGUAGAUGAGAUCGAUGAUGAGUUCAUCAGCACAAGUGGAGCUAACAGAAGUAGCUCUAUGCACCAAAGUUCAAGAAGGCGUCGAACCCGCUUCUAUGAAAAUUAGUCAGCUGGAAAAUGAAGCGAAGCGAAUGAAGCAGACCAACCUAUUCGUAGCCAGUGUUCUUGGUUUUGGACCUCUCUCUCUUCUUUUUCCUUCUACACAUAAAUUUAUUUUAGGUUUGUCUUGUGACAUUACUCGCAGCCACAGCCUUUGUACAAAAACAAAACUAAAAGCCUUUUUGGGAUAUUGUAGUACCCUUUGUCGUGGUCUCUUCUUUGUUUUACAUGCAUCUCUGAACAAUGUAGAUAUUGAGAGUAAAUCAGAAGUCAACGUUCGUGUAGCAAUUUUAA